AUGGCAGAGGAAAUCGUAAGCAGGGUGAUUUCAUUUGCUACUGAGCUGAUCGGCAAUGCUCGGAGCUGCAAGGAGGAGCUGAGAGGGCUUGGUGAAUCAUUAACCAUGAUUCGAGCUGUUUUGACUGAUGCCGAGAGAAGACAAGUGAGAGAUGAGUCUGUGAAGCUUUGGCUCCAAAAGCUUGAAGAUGUUGCUUAUGAAGCUGACGAUGUGCUGGACGAGUUUAUGUACGAGAAUCUCCGGCAAAAGAUAGAGGUCGAAAACGAAAGGAAGAGAAAGGUAAACUUCCUCGACCCAUUUAUUUUCAGUCUCUCCAUGGCGAAAAAAAUUAAGGCUGUUCAGGAAAAACUAGCAAAAGUACAUGGGUUGGCAAAUGGGUUUGGACUUGCUAGAAUAUUGUCAGUAGAUUCAAAUGUUGAGAUUGUUCCAACUAGAGAGACAGACUCCUUUCUUGAUCAUUCAGAAGUUGUAGGAAGGAAAAGUCAAGUUUCAAAAAUAGUGAGCUUGCUGACUAGUGCAACCAAUCAACAACUCUCCGUCAUUCCUAUAGUCGGCAUGGCUGGUUUGGGAAAGACAACUUUUGCAAAACUAGUGUACAAUCAUGAGCUAGUAAAAAAACAUUUUGAUAAGACAAUGUGGGUAUGUGUCUCUGAUGAUUUUAAUGACAAAAAUAUUUUAAGAGGGAUUCUUGAAUCCCUUACCAAUAACUCAAGUCUUUCAGUAAGUAAGAAUACAGUACUUCAAAACCUUCAAAAAGAGUUGCAGGGGAAAAAAUUUCUUCUAAUUCUUGAUGAUGUAUGGAAUGAAGUUCUACUAAAAUGGGAUACAUUAAGGGAUUGCUUGUUAGGAAUUAUGUCAAAUACUGGAAACAGUAUUAUUGUUACAACCCGUAGUGACAAGGUGGCAGAAAUCAUGGAGACACAUCCCCGGCAUCACUUAGAAAGACUACCUGAUGCAGAAUGCUGGUCCAUAAUCAAGAAAAAAGUAUCUUCAAUUCCAUUAACUCCAGAUUUGGAGGCUAUCGGAUAUGAUAUUGCCAAAAAAUGUGGAGGGGUCCCAUUAGCAGCAAAAGUCCUAGGAGGGACAAUGGCUCGUAAAAAAGUAAAAAAUGAAUGGUUAGCAAUUCAAAACAAUGAAAUUUGGAAUUACCCACAUGUUAGAGAUGAAAUGUUACCAAUAUUAAAAUUGAGCUUUGAUCAUCUGCAAUCACCAUCUCUUAAAAAAUGCUUUGCAUAUUGUUCAAUUUUUCCUAAAGAUUACAUGAUUGCAAAGGAAGAGUUAAUUCAGUUUUGGAUGGCUGAAGGGUUCCUUCAACCAUCUCAAGGAAGUUGUGUGGUAAUGGAGGAUAUUGGUAACAUGUAUUUUGACAUCUUGUUGGCAAAUUCCUUAUUUCAAGAUGAGAAAAAGGAUGAGUUUGAUAAUAUUAUCAUUUGCAAGAUGCAUGAUUUGGUACAUGAUCUUGCACUCUCAGUUUCAAAAUCUGAGACCUUAUUUUUGAAUAAGGAUUUGGAGGGUGACAUCAGUCACACACGAUAUUUAUUUAUUGAAUCUGAUGGUAAAAUUAUACCAAGAAUUCCAUCUUCAAAAGAUGAUGUUAGGAAAUUGCGCACAUUUGUUUCUAAAAAUGUUGUGCUUGGCAACACGUUAUUAAAUUUUAAUUGCUUACGUGUUCUAAAAUUAAAUGGAAACUCUAUAAAAGAAUUGCCAAGUUCAGUUGGCCUUUUAAUACAUUUGAGGCUUCUCAGCGUCGCAAGUUUAUCCAUCAAAGCAUUACCAAAGUCCAUCACCAAACUCUACAAUUUGCAAACUUUAAGAAUCGAAGGUUGCCGAAAUGUCAGAGAGCCUCCUGAAGAUCUAAAACAAUUGAUAAACUUAAGGCAUAUUUAUAUCCCUUAUGGCUUUUAUGAAAAACUUAAGGAUAUAGGGCAAUUGACGUGUCUACAAACAUUGCCAUGUUUUAUUGUGGGUCAAGAUGCAGGUCAUCGGAUCGAGGAAUUGGGAUGCUUAAAUCAACUUAGAGGAAAAUUAAACCUCUGGAAUCUAGGGCAUGUGAGAGAUAGAGAAGAAGCCCGAAGAGCAAAUUUAGAAGAAAAGGCCAAAAUAUACAAGUUGAGAUUUUACUGGACGAGACGGGGAUCGGAAAGAGAAGGCAACCACGAGAAUGAUGAAGAGGUGUUGGAAGGUCUCAAGCCUCACCGACAUUUGAAGAGCUUAGCAAUUGAUGGCUUUGGAGGAAAGAAAUUCCCAUCAUGGAUGUCUCUGCUAUUUGGCAAUUUGAUUGAGAUCGAAUUUGGCAAUUGCAGAAAAUGUGAGGUUCUUCCCACUCUUGGGCUUCUACCCCAUCUUAGGGUUCUUACAAUAAAAGGUAUGGAUGGUGUAAGACGUAUAGGAACUGAGUUUUACAGUAACUAUAAUAAUGGAAGUGAUGGCACUAUAUUGUUCCCAGCUUUGAGAAAACUUGAUUUGAGUAGAAUGCCCAAUCUAGAGGAAUGGACGGAUGUGAUGGAGCCAGCAACAACAACAGGCCUAAUGGUGUUUCCUUGCCUUGAGGAGUUGAGCAUUCAAUUUUGUAACCAACUGAAAAGUGCUCCAUGUUAUUUUUCGAGUCUUAAGAAAUUACUCAUUAGGGACAUGGGUAGCACGACAUUUGAAAACAUUAUCAGCAAGCUUACCACACUCACGUCCCUCGAGGUUUGGAAUAUUUCAGGACUUGCUUGUCUGCCAGAGAAGUUAUUGCAAAAAAAUGCGAGUCUCAUGUCUCUGACGGUAGCGGGAUGGGCCGAUUUGGUGUCCAUCGUGUCACAUGAGGAUGUAUGGGCCUUCUGCACCUCUCUUCGAUCGCUUAAAAUAAAAGUCUGUUGGAAAUUACAAAUACAAGGUGUCCCAUCCCAUCUUCAUCGCUUGGAGAUAUCUGGUUGUGUUAUUCUACCUACUGGGCUACAAUCAUGCACGUCUCUUACCCUACUAGAGAUUCAGCGUUGUGACAGAUUGAAAUCAAUUCCAAAUCUAGGACAAUUGCAUUCUCUUACUCAAUUAAAAAUUAGGUAUUGCGAUAAUCUGAUAUCAAUACCUGAUUUAAGAGGAUUGCAUUCUCUUGUCGAAUUACAAAUUUGUCAUUGUCCUAAAUUGACGAGUCUCCCAAAGGGUUUAGAAUCUCUCACCCGCUUGAAGACUUUGGCGAUUGGCAAGUUUUGUGAGGAGCUGGAUGAUUUCCCGAGUCUCGUUUCUAUCGAACACUUGCACGCAUCCCUGCAACAUUUAGAAUUGAGAGGUUGGCCUAAUCUUAAGUCCAUACCGGACAAUAUUCAAGUCUUGACUGCCCUUGAAAGUCUCUUCAUAUCUCACUUUGAAGCCAUGGAAACUUUGCCUGAGUGGUUGACCAAGCUUUCUUCUCUUCAAAUUCUGGAAAUCUUCCGUUGCUCCAAGUUAAAGGAAAGUUGUGCAAUUGGUGGAAAAGAGCGGUACAGAAUUGCCCAUAUUCCAGAUAUCAGAAUCUAUUAAGCGAACAAGCGAAACGGAUGGUUUCAUACAAGACCUGCAUACUGUACUUAAGUGGAUCAUGGGUUAACAUUUUCUCUCCUCAAGAGGUCCAAUUCCCUUACUAAAGAGAUGUUCUCUGGUGUUAGCCAAGUGGAAGGUUUCUUAAAUUGGUCAAGAAUUUCUUAGAAGUUAUUGCUUAUUGUGGUUGUUGCUAGAGUGGCUAACAAUUGCACACAGUCUAGUGAGGGUGUCAAUUUGAUUCCUAUCUGAUUGGAGUUCAUUAAAAUUUUUACUUAUAGGAUGCAAGGACCUUACUUAUCUCCCUAAAGUGGAUUUCAUGCGUUUGAUCACCAAAUUGCUAUGCCUAUCCAUUCAUAACAGUCUCAAAUUUAAAUAAAUAGAUGUGUUGAGGGCGACGAUACAUCCUGGUCCAAAGAUGGGGAAUGGUUUAAAAAGAGGAAUCUGUUUGAAGUUCACAUAUAUAUUAUUACAACAGUAUGUGUGGUGCUAGUGACAACAUAUAUAUUGUAUUCAGCUGGAAGAACAAUUGACUAAUUCAAUGGAGUUUUGUAGAAGUUCUUUAAAGUUGAAGAGAAGGGAAGAUUCUACUUAGGAGCAACAUAUGGCAAUCAUGAUUCCCUAAAGCUGAUGCAUGUGCUCCCAUACUAUGCCUCACCACAUUAUGCAAUCUAUUAGAUAUUUUAUUGUCCAAGAUUUUCAUCAUUAAAAGGAAGGAUGAGCUGAAGGUAAUGCCCUGGGUUUUCCAAGAUUGUCAUCUAAAACAGAUUGAAUGCUAUGUCAUCCACCUAGUAGCAUCUUGAAGCUCAUGUGAUAUCAGAAAAAGCUGGUGGAAGACUUGGUUCUUGAAUUUCAACCAAGGUCCGCUAAUGCGUGAAAAGGUUUGUUUACUUAAGCUGUCUAACUCUCUUGGAAAGGUUUUGUUAAUUUCUUUUUUAUUGCCCUUCCCCCAACAUAAUAUAAUGCAUGAAAAAUGGAUUUUUUUCCUUUUUAAUUUUUUUUUUAAUAAAUGCUUGCAUAAGUGUCAUGGAUAAAGUUUAAAUUCACACAAAAUGAUUGAUAUUUUCCCAAUAUUAUAUUGUUCUUGAGCUUUAGCCAAUUAUCAGAUUUGCUUUUGUACUUUUAACAAUUGGCCUAGUAAUUGCUCUCUUUUCUUCAAAUCUAGCUUUUCAAUUGUAGUUCAAAGUUCUAGCAUUAUAUUUGUUACCGUUUGUGCAUUCUAAGUUCAGAAAAGCAUACAUAGCAAAGGGAAAAGGGAAAUUAAGGAUCACCUAUGUCAUUUUCAAAAAUGAAAAAUAGACACUUUACAUCAAUUCUAGCCAUCAUGUGCUCUUUUUUGAUGAAAUCCAAGCCAGUGAAAAGAAGGAAUAAGAUAUUUCCUGCUGAACUCAGUCAUGGUGGCAAGGAUAGGAACAAUUAGAUUUCUUCCCCUACUUAUUACAAAUUCCAGGACCUACAAAAUUUUGAGCUUUGUAUCUCUUCAAGAAAUGAAUUCCAGGGACAAGAAUGCCCCUACCUUCCAGUAAAGAUGGAGUGCAAUCCCUCUCUUUGGACAUUGGCAAAUUGACAACAGUGCAGGAGUUUGAUGACUCUGUGUGAGUUAUAUGGAAUUCUUCAAGGUUGCACGCAAAUCAAACAUUAUUUGGGUGGUGACCUAUGCACAAGUUGCUGCCUUGUCUUUUUCAGCAAGCGUCAACUGGAACCAUAACUUGUAUGCAUCUGCAAUUGUUGAUUGGGUAUAUUCGAUAUCACCCUCGACAAUGCAUCAAUCGCCGUGGCAAGGACUUCAACACUUUUCUAGAUUCUGAGAUAUUUGCAGGAAAUUGAGGAGCCCAAUAAGGAAGAACAACUUGUAACUUGAAUUUGAUGCAUUUUUACCUAAGAUCAAGUUAUGGAUUUCAGAUUCUAUGGUCAGUCCACAAACCUUGGAUACUAAAGGAAUCCAUUGUGUUUCCUACAAGUUGGCACCAGUAUGUUGACAACCAACAAUAUAAUUCAUAAUAGUUCAUCCACCUAUCGAAUCUUAUGUUGUUAUCAUGGCCUCAUAGCCAGUGAGUUCAACAUUUUACUGCACAUUGAGUCUUCUCUCUUCAUCAGCCUUGUUGUCCUACUUAAGAGGCCAACUUGUUUGGGUGCCCCAGUUCAUACAAAUGUUUGGAGGAUAUUUCCCUACUGUUAGUAGUUAAGGGGAAAAUUCUAAAGAGCAAGAUGCACAACAGUAGUAGAACUAGAAGGCAUUCUUACAUUGUUUGACCCUCCUGUAUAUGCAUGACCAUGCUGGCUUCUUUGAUUUGAACUUCUGAUAAAUGGGUGAAUUUUUAUUCUUGUGAACGAGUUGGACCAAUUCUGAUAUUGGUUAUACAAAGCGCUAACCAAAAAUAGAAUACACAGGUUCUACUCAGUGUUACACAAGCCAUCAAACAAUAUAGCCACUCCAAACAUGUUCUACUGUCUCACUUUCAGCUUUGACAUCAUCAACCAUCGUUGAAACUUGCUCUGAACUAGAGCUUGUCCUUGGCAAGAAAGAAUUGGAGUUCUCAAGAUUACAUGCCAAGUAUGUGGAUCAUGAUCAAAAGCUUUUACAGUGUUUCUCCCUUUUAUUAAUAUUGAGAAAUUUUUCCUAAGAUGAUUUAGUUUUCAUAGUAGUUCAUUGUAUAUAAAUAACGUUUAUCAGGAACACUUUGUUUUGUACUUGUAAUCAUUUUCAAAUUGUGUUUCCUGUUAGACUAUAAAAGGGCCAAUUAACUCUUUGGCCACCAUGAUUAGACUAAUGAAAGGGUUACAGAUGGAUUUGCAGUUCA